CCUCAGAAAGCCCAAUUAAUGUAGGCUACAAGUUCCUAUCCAAUCCCCUUCCUCGUAGUGGAAGCAUGGUGAUGCGACAAGUGUCUAAGCCUACAUAUGGCGGCGGUGUCAGCCAUAGCCAUGGGUAAUCUCAAGCAGAGCCUCGCCCUUCUCCCUCCUCAAUCUAAUGACAUAUAGUGAGAGUUCCUCCAAAUCAUGGUUCCGCAAUUUGGUACUGCUCUCUCAUACCAAAUUCUAUAAUGUUCUCUCAAUACUAACUCUGGUCAUUCGAAGCUAUGGAAGUUGUGGGAGUGGCCGCGAGCAGCAUUACACUACUUGAAGUAGUUACCAAGGUUGCGACCGGAGCACUAAAGUUGAAAAAGCUUUGGGACGAAGUCCAUGAUGUUCCAGAUAUGGUCUUGGAUCUUAUGCGCGAGCCUGAUGCCAUCUAUUCCGUCCUUAAUGAAAUUGCGACCGGACUCGAAAAUGAUUGCAUCGCUCACCAAAUCCCACAGCACUGCCAGGGCGCUGUAGAUGACUUAGAUGACGUGGUUCGCGACUUAUCUGCUCAUCUCAAUUCAUCAAAGCGGCACACAAGGACCCAAGUAAGAAUAAAAGUCGUCAUUAAGAAAGACAUGCUGGGUAAAUCCCAAGAACGUCUCCAGAGAGCAAUCAGCCUUCUGAACUUGGCGCAGCAAAGUUAUAUGCUAGCCUUUGUGAAGCAUCAACCAGUAGUAAUUGUGGAGAGUAUGAUGAAAGCGAUGACAAGCAAUUCCCAACCUCUCCGCCUACCUUCGAGCCAAACAGCCCUUCAAGGAAAACAAGUGCGAUUCAAAACAGGAAGUGGGCAAUGUAUCGCCCCUCAUCCCUCUACAGUGACUGCAUCCGAUAUAGUCGAGAGACAAACUAACAGGCGAUUGAACGCACCUUGGACAUAUGCCACAAUGGGUCUUCUCGCCUGGAGGUAUGCCAAGGAACAACCUGAAGACAAUUCAAACCUCAAGACUGGAAAUAGCCCAGGUUACGAUUUCCGAAUCCAGUUUCCAAGGUGGUUCAUCAAUCGUGCAUGGGACUUCCAUGCUUCAAAAGCGAUGCAGGGCUGGACAUAUUUGUUGAAACCCUGGCGAAUCAGGCCUCAUGAGGACCCGGUAUUUGAGGCAGCAAUAGAGGGAGAAAUAGAUGUUAUUGAGGCAUUGAUUCGUACAAACAAGGCGUCUUUAUGGGACAGGCCACGGAGUGGCCUGACACUACUACAUUUAGCAUCUAUCCACUACAAAACGACAAAUCGCCUCGUACAUUGGGGUCUCGAUAUAAAUGAACCUGGUGCGGUCUAUUUACCGCUGCAGUUGGCUGUCACUAAUUUUGAUCCGACUGAACUGAGCGAGAAAGAGUUACACGACCAUCUCUUGCAACACAACGCAUACGAAGAAGACGGGCCGCUAUUGCCCUUCAUGAGGGAGCAAUCCGCAUUCUAUAGAAGGUUCUUGUUGAGUAGUACUUGGAGCUCUAAACUUUUCAAGGCACUCCAACCCAGAUUACUGCCAGAUCAUUACGAAUUGCCCCUAGUGGACCGACUAAUGCGCAUCCAAUUCCCGGACUCCGAUGCGGAUCCCAUUUCUAUCUGCUUGUUUCUGCGUAAGGAUGGGACUCUGCACCAGGAGGACGUGUCUGAACUACAACGGAAAGGUAUCUGUCUGCUCAACGUGAUUGCCAUUUGUUAUGGUAGAAACUCAAUACACAAUCAGAACGACUGGUUUUAUAUAACAGCUAGAUCUCGAGAGUUGGUGCGCGAGGUUGUCCCCAUGACAGACAGCCUUUCUUUCACCUGCAUGCCUAUGUGUGUUGAAAGAGAAGAAUUUGAGCCGGCCUUUCUACCUUGCACCGCCCUAUUUCACCUACUCUAUGGAUUCACGAAGCAUAAUUGGCCCUUUAAUAGGCGAACAGGAAUUAUUCGCAAAAUGAAGACAAUGUUCAGGUACUGGUUAGAGGACUUGAGUAGUUGCGGUGUAGACUUACAAUCAUAUGGAAGAAUGGAAAAAGCCAUAUUUAAAGAGAACAACUUGAAGGCAAUAUUUUGGAGAUGUAGUUGGUACAGUGAUAUGGUUAAUUUUAGGUUAGACAGUUUCCAGUACGGUUCAACUCCUGGGGAUUGGAAGUCUUUUUGGGAUUUCGAUAUCGAACGAUUUGCAGGCGAUUUUUGGGCACUGGUCGAGAUGCCAAGAUAUCCCAUGCCUGGUUCUUGGGUGGACGACGAUGAAUAGGCAAAUGGUAUUCAAUAAUACCAAAAUAUGAUAUAACAUAUAUUUAUUAUAUUAAGUAGAUUCAAAACGAGGCUCCCAUUGUAGAAAGUUUC